AAAUGGGCUCCGACGAAAUCUCCGACUUCGAAAAGCAGCGUCUCGCCAACAUCGCCGAACGCGAUGCCCUCCUCAAGAAACUCUCCCUGGGGGCCAAAUCCUCCAGCCUACUCCCUCCAAAAAUACCCCGUGCAUCCACCGGUGGCAGUAGCAGCAGCAGCGCCCGGAAGAAGGCCGCACCCCCCAAAGUGAAAAAGGAGGAGCCCGCCCUGCCCCGGCGCACCUCGUCGCGACUGAGGGGCAUCGCUGCCGAGAGUGAGGUCGCUAAGCGGCGCGCGGACGACGCAUUUGAGGCGCAUCAGCAGCAGGAGCGCGAGAAGCGAUUGCGCAAGUCGGAUGCGUUCUCCUUCAACGAGAUGGUCGUUGCGGGCCAGAAGUUGAGUGGGGAUGCUCUCAUCGGCGUGGAUGUCAUCUCCAAGGGCGUCGCUAUGCCGUAUCAGCGGACCUUUGGGGACGAGGAGAUCGAAAAGACAACGGAUAAGGAUCUCCGGAAGUUGAGGGAGGAGAUGAGUGGGUUGGAGUUGUGGGAGCCGUGGGAGCCGCAGCGCAUCAAGCUCACCCCCGAACGCAUCUACACCAUGACCUUCCAUCCCUCCGAAACCAAACCGCUCAUCUUCGCCGGCGACAAAAUGGGCCACCUAGGCUUCCUAGACGCCUCCCAAGAGAAGCCCACACCCGUGAAACAAGAAGGCGACGACGACGACGACGAAGAAGACGACGACCCCGACCCCGUCCUAACAACCCUCAAACCGCACACCCGCACCAUCAGCUCCAUGCACAUCCACCCCUCCAAGCCCACCCACCUCUACACAGCCAGCUACGACAGCUCCAUCCGCGAGAUGGACCUCGAAAAGACCACCUCCGUCGAGAAAUACGCCCCCGCAUCCACAGCAGACGACGUCCCCCUCUCCGGCCUCGACAUGGCCGCCGACGACCCCAGCACCCUCUACUGGACGACCCUAGACGGCACCUUCGGACGCCACGACACGCGCACCCCCUCUUCCUCCUCCACCGCCCCCUCCACCUGGCAACUAUCGGAGAAGAAAAUUGGCGGCUUCUCGCUACACCCCACGCAGCCGCACUUCGUCGCAACGGCCAGUCUCGACCGCACGAUGCGUCUCUGGGACCUGCGCAAGCUGUCGCACUCGGACCCGACCCCCGUCGCAGAACACCACAGCCGGCUGUCCGUCUCGCACGCGGCUUUCAACGCAGCAGGCCACGUCGCUACCUCUUCCUACGACGACACCCUCAAGAUCUACGACUUCGCCGCCCGCGGCCUCCCAUCCUGGUCCGCAGGACAUGCUCUCCCCGAAGACGAGACCAAGCCUGAUACCGUCGUGCGACAUAACUGCCAAACAGGCCGUUGGGUUACAAUCCUCCGCCCCCAAUGGCAACUCAACCCGCAAUCCCCCAUCCAGCGCUUCUGCAUCGGCAACAUGAACCGCUUCGUCGACAUCUACAGCAGCUCUGGCGACCAGCUAGCCCAGCUCGGCGGGGACGGCAUCACCGCCGUGCCAGCCGUGGCUGUCUUCCACCGGAGUAAGAAUUGGGUGGCGGGGGGCACGGCGAGUGGGAAGCUUUGUUUGUGGAUGUAA